CACAGCUCGCCUGUCAAGACAUACUGACCGAUACAGUGAUUGAUGGAUUUAGAGAGCAUUUAUGGAAAUGUUAAACACAAAGAUAUUCAUAACUGGACCUCAAACUCAGAGUCACGGCCAGGAUGGAGAUAAAGAUCAAAAGUGCACACUAUCAUAAGAAGAGCAGUCAUCAUUCUAAAGAUUACAGCUCUUCAGUGAAGAUGUAUGACAAGAUACAGGAGCAAAUCAUGGAUUUAGAGGUCAUCCAUGAUAGUGAUGGAGACACCACUGGAUUUCGAACAACCAGUUACAGGCAGGAUAAAGGAAAAGAUCAACAGUGCAGAGGAAGUAGAUGUUUGGCGUUGAUCACAGUGAGUCUCGGGCUCAUUUGUGUUCUUCUGCUGGUCUUCAUCAUACUGCAGCACAUCACCAUCACAGCAGAGAGAGACAUGAGAAAGAGUUACAAGAACACAGUUGAAGAGUUCAAUCAAACCAUCAACAGCUUACAGAACAAUUACACUGAUCUAAUGAAUGAAAAACACCAACUGCAGAACAACUUCAGCUCUUUGAGUCAGAAGAAACUGGAGCUGGAGACCAAAGCCAAAGAUCUGAAUGAUGCGAAAGACAUUUUACAGAGGAGUUUUGACUCUUUGAAUAAGAAGAAGCUGGAGUUAGAAAGCAAAGUCACUUAUCUGGAUGAGGAACUAAAGAAAGAAUCAACUAAACGAGGUUGGUUUUUCUUGUCCAAUGAGGAGAAGAGCUGGUCUGACAGCAGGCAGUACUGCAGAGAUCGUGGUGGUGAUCUGGUCAUUAUCAAGAGUGAAGAGAAGCAGAGGUUCAUUUCUUCACUUACCAUGGAGAAAGUGUGGAUUGGUUUGUCUGACACAGUGCACGAGGGCAAAAUGACAUGGGUGGAUGAUUCACCACUAAAUCAAGGGUUUUGGCUCAAAGGUGAGCCGAACAGCUACGGCGGAAAUGAGGACUGUAUUGAACUGAAUUAUAAAAGAGAGCAGCCGGGAUGGUCACCCCUGAACAGCUGGAAUGAUCAGUCAUGCUCAGAGAAGAGAAAAGGGAUUUGUGAGAAAUCCCUUAAGUAAUAAGAAAUCUUAUUAUGGUUUUGCUUCUGUUGUCUAACAUAAUCAUUCUUAAUGUGAACAUAAUUGACUGAAUCCCUUCCUUUUAAAUAACGAUAAGCUGAUAUGCUGACAUUUGUUAGAAGGAAAAAAAAAAAAAAAAAAAAAAAAAAAAAAGCAUAAUUUUCUAAAUGCUGCAAUAAUUUACUGUUUCUCAUGGGGUGAAUUAGGCUGACCUGAGACACUGUACCUCUGCUUUUGAGUUGAAUUGUUUGUUUGAAUAA